AUGUUGAAAACUCAUAUGCUUUUACUGCAUUAUUGGAAUGUUUCAUAUUUUCUAAAUGAAAAUCGAGAAUGGUUCGAAUACAUUCGAACAUAUUUGUACAUCUCAACGAUAAUUUAUAUAAUCGAGUAAGUUUGAUUUUUGGAAGAGAAAAAUUGGAUUCUGAAGAAUUAAUUCAAAUUUUUAACAAAAAAAACAAAUAUAGCUCACAAUUAAUUUCGCGUAAUGAACAAUAUUUUACAAGAAAACUGUUCAAAUUUUCAGUUGAGAUUUUAAUGGAAUCAAUUUCUAGUAGUGGGUAUAUUUUUCAAGUUCUGAAAAUUUUCAAUGGAAUUUUCAUUCAAAUAAACCAAGUCAGAACAAGAGUUCAAAAAAGUUCACUAGAGUCAAAAUUAGUCAAAAUUUAGUCGUGAAGAUUUCUGAGAAAACUAGAAAUUUUAACAAAAAACACGUGACCAAAUAAAAUUUUCAUUUUUUGCUCAUUGGCGUUGAAUCUUGGUUUAUUUUUCUAUGAGUCAAGUUCUGUAAGACAAAAAUUCAUGAUAUCAUAAGAAAUAAUUAAUUUUGUAAUCUCUCCAAAUGUUAUUGUUCGUAUGAUAUUGCAAAGAUUAACAUAUCUGAUCAUUAUUUUGCUAUUCAACAGAACAAUCAAAAAAAAAAUGUUCUCCAGCCGAACUCUUCUUUUUAACGCACUGAAAAUUGCAAGUCCAAUGUUUAAAAGCAGAAAAACAAACUCAUAGAUCGUAGACAUCUCAAAAAAUUAAAAUUGAACCCCAUGACUACAGUGUGUGAUUACAGUGUGUUCAAUAUGAUUUUCUACAUCUGGAUGGUUUUCAAAGCCAAACAAUUUCAUUACAAUUUUAAUUUGAUUGUUGGAUUCUUCCUAACAACUCACUUCAUUCACGAUAUUGCGAUCCUAACUCUUAGAUGUUCUAUGAUUAUUACAAAAGAUUUUAAUUCAAUUAACCCGAUGUUGAUAAAAUCAACAAUAAAUGUCUCGAUUUAUUCAAUGGGAGCAGGUAAAAAAAGAACCAAAAUAUUCAAAACAAAUACAAAUUUCAGCACUUUGUUGUCUACCAUUUUUCAUGCUUGAAAGAUGCUGUGCAACAUAUUAUUUAUCAGAUUACGAAGUCAAGAAACGUCAUCACAUUUCUUAUAUAAUCACAUUUUCCCAAUUUUCAAUAGGAUGUUUCACUUGUUUUUGUCUUCAAAAUGAGACAAACACGUGUAUUGUUGUUAGUGGAUUAGUUGGGUUAAAUGGCAUUGCUAUGAUAAUUCUGGUUAUGCUGAAAAUGUAUAAUAAUAAGGAGUAUAAAAGAUAUCACGAGGGAGUUAGUGAAUAUUCGUUGACUCAACGAUAUCAAAUUUCGGAGAACAUAAAAUCUCUUUCAAUGAUUACCAAAAUGAUUUUGUAUAUGGGGGUAAUGAAUUCAACUUUAGUUAUUGUUAUGAUGUUAUCGAGUUUUCAUUUAACUGAUGAAUUUCGAUUUAUAAGUGCACUUGCAAUGGAUAUUUGUAUUUUUAUUUAUGCGUGAGUAUAAAAAAAGGGAACGGAUUUUUGGAAAUCACUUUGAAAAAAAACGAGAAUGAUUUCACAGUGAGGAAGAUGGUCUUAAAACUAAAUGUUCACCUAAAAGACGCUUUUCGACCCGUAGUUUUCUAUUCUGAAAUUUCCAUUCGCUCCUCAAGGAUUAUGAAAAAGUUAAAAUUAUUUACCAAUAGUAAUUUUUAGAUACUCGAUUCCUCAAAUUAUGACAAUGUGUUCGGAUAAAUGGAAAUCACAACUUCGAAAAACUCUGCCAUGUUUCAACCGAAAACAAGCCAAACUUUCACCACUUCGAGAUACUUAUGGAUUCAAAAUGGAUCAAGAUCGAACAGUUGAAGAUCACUUCGAAUCCUUGAAAAGUUCUUGGGAACAUGAUCUUCAGAAAAAAGUACACCAGACUGUCUGA